AGGAUGGCAACACGGCGGAAGCAUUUAGCGGAGGCACCGGGGACAUUUGGCUGGACAUAGGCUGCGAGAAAGGAAAUCUUUUAUUGAAUAACCUUGUCAUUAUUUCGACAACAACCUCAUUAUUUCUGCACUUUGAAGAACAUUCUCGCAGCUUUGCAGGAUGGGAGUGCCCAAGUUUUAUCGCUGGAUCUCCGAGCGUUACCCUUGUCUGAGUGAAGUCGUCAAGGAACACCAGAUCCCGGAGUUUGACCACCUGUACCUGGACAUGAACGGGAUCAUCCACCAGUGUUCUCACCCCAACGACGAGGACGUCCACUUCCGCAUCUCUGAGGAGAAGAUCUUUGCAGACAUCUUUCACUACCUGGAGGUUCUCUUCCGCAUCAUCAAACCUCGCCAGGUCUUCUUCAUGGCGGUGGACGGUGUGGCCCCUCGCGCCAAGAUGAACCAGCAGAGAGGACGCAGGUUCAGGUCUGCCAAAGAGGCAGAAGAGAAGACAAAAAAAGCCUUGGAUAAAGGAGAGGUUUUACCCACAGAAGCUCGCUUUGACUCCAACUGCAUCACUCCAGGCACUGAGUUCAUGGUGAGACUCCAGGAGCAGCUGAAGUAUUUUGUCCACAACAAGUUGUCCACUGACAAGCUGUGGCAGAAUGUCAGAGUCUACCUGUCAGGCCAUGAGACUCCUGGUGAGGGCGAGCACAAGAUCAUGGAGUUCAUACGCUCGGAAAGUGCCAGACCCGAUCAUGACAUCAACACUCGACACUGCUUGUACGGCCUGGAUGCUGACCUGAUCAUGCUGGGUCUGACCAGCCACCAGCCUCAUUUCUGUCUGCUCAGAGAGGAAGUACGCUUUGGAGGAAAGAAGUCCCAGAAAAGGAUAAGUGCUCCAGAAGAGACAACCUUCCAUCUGCUUCACUUGUCUCUGAUGAGAGAAUACAUCGACUACGAGUUCUCUGCACUGAAGAGUACGAUGGGCUCAGACUACGACCUGGAGAGGAUCAUAGACGACUGGAUCCUGAUGAGCUUCCUGGUGGGCAACGACUUCAUCCCUCACCUUCCUCACCUUCACAUCAGCCAUGAUGCUCUACCACUGCUCUACCACACCUACAUCUCCGUGCUGCCUGGCCUGACUGGCUAUUUGAACGAGAACGGCAACCUGAACCUGGGGAACUUUGAGAGAUACUUGGAGAAACUGUCUGAGUUUGAUCGUGAACACUUCAGCCAUAUCUUCGUGGACCUGAAGUGGUUUGAGAGCAAGGUGGGCAACAAGUACCUGAACCAGGCGGCCGGUCUGGCGGCAGAGCAGGAAGCGGCCAAGGAAGAGGUGUCUGUGACAUCGCCACAUCAGGUGUUGGGAGGCGGGGUCAAGGAGGAGGAGGAAGAGGAAGACGACCUCUUUGAAACAGAGUUCAGACAAUACAAGCGCACUUACUACAUGACCAAGAUGGAGGUGGACGUGGUGUCUGAUGAGUUCCUGGCGCAGCAGGCCAGAUGUUACGUGGAAGGUCUCCAGUGGAUCCUUCACUAUUACUACCACGGAGUCAAAUCCUGGAGCUGGUACUACCCCUACCACUACGCACCUUUCCUCUCCGACAUCAAGAACAUAGCACAGCUGCACUUGACCUUUGACCAGGGGAAACCCUUCCUGCCCUUCCAGCAGCUGUUGGCAGUCCUGCCUGCUGCUAGCAUGGAGCUGCUACCUGAAUGCUACAGGCCCCUGAUGAGCAGUGCAGAUUCCCCCAUCAUUGACUAUUACCCAACCGACUUCAAAACAGACCUGAAUGGCAAGCAGCAAGAGUGGGAGGCCAUUGUUCUCAUCCCCUUCAUCGAUGAGAGACAGCUGCUGGCAGCCAUGGAGAGGUGCAAUGAGAAGAUGCGCAGAGAGGAGCGUGAGAGGAACCAUCACAAAGAGUGUACUCUCUACGUCUACGAUGCAGACCAAGACUACACGUACUCCUCCUCCCUGCCUCACAUCUUCCCCCACAUGGCGCACUGUCACGUCAGGACACAAAACAUUCCUAUGGACGCCUGGCAUGUUCCACUCAAACACCUUUACAGGACUCUGGACACCUCAGCCACAUACUUCUGUGGUUUCCCCACGCUGCGGCACAUCAAACAUGAGUUCCACAUGAAGAAGAGCGGGGUGGUGGUGUUCCAGCAGAGCAGCAGAGGUGAGAACAUGAUGUUGAGCAUCCUCCCUCCUCCACAAGAAGACACGAUGUGUGAGCGGGUGGCUGAAGAAGUGCUGGGCAGGUGUGUCUUUGUCAACUGGCCACACCUGGAGGAAGCUCGCAUCAUCGCCGUGUCCGAUGGAGAAAGCAAGUUCUACCUGCAGGAAGCAGCAGGUGUGCAGAAGGUGUAUGACUCACCCGCCACACAGGUCACCUUCCUGUCGGACAAGGAGCAGAGAGACUGGGAGAAAGACGUCCAAGGCAUCACUGAACAUCUGGUGAAGAAGAAGGGCAUCGUGGUGCAGGAGACCUCGGUGCUUGUCUACGGCCAGCUGCUGACAGGAAGGAAGUUUGUGCCUAAAGCCAGUGGUGUGGUGGAGCUGGAGAAGCAGUGGGCCAAACAAGUCCUUCCCUUUGCCUACCAGACUGUGGUCAAGGACAUCAAGGCCUUUUACUCCUCCUUGAGCACCUUUAGCAGCCUAGAAGAACUCUUCCCUCCUCACACCACCGUCUUCAUGGUGGCCAACCCCUACUACGCCGCCAUGGGAGAGGUGCAAGACUCCAGUGAUGUCAUCAAAGAAGGACGUAUACGUGUGGUCUUCAACGUGCCGCAUGAACCACAACUGGACUCUCUCAUUCACAACCAGCAUAAGUACUGUGUCAAGUACAGUCCCGGGUAUGUGGUGGCGUCCCGUCUGGGCAUGACCAGCUACCUGGUGUCCCGCUUCUCCGGCAGCAUCUUCAUCGGCAGAGGAAGCAAAAAGAAUCCCUGUGGCGAGCAAAAGGCCAACGUGGGCCUCAACCUGAAGUUCAACAAGAAGAACGAGGAGGUGCCCGGCUACACCAGGAGGACCGAGAAGGAGUGGCUCUACUCCCCCGCCGUGGAGGAGCUUUUGGCAGAAUACCUGGACAGGUUCUCCGAGGUGUUUGACGCCGUGUCCAGGAACUCCCAUGACGACGUGUUCUACGAAGACGACAUCUGGCCGGGGGAGGACCAGAACGGGGCAGAGAAGGUGUCAGAGAUCACCACAUGGCUCAAAGGUCACCCUGUCAGCUCCAUCAGCAGGGCGUCAUGUGACCUGCAGGUGCUGGACGCUGCCAUCGUGGAGAAAAUUGAGGAGGCGGUGGAGAAGUCCAAGGUGAAGAAGAGCACCAAGAAAGUCCGAGUCACUGUCAAGCCACACCUCCUCUUCAGGCCCCUGGAGCAGCAACAGGGGGUGGUCCCAGACCCCAAUGCGGAGUACCGCCUGUUUGACCGCGUCGUCAACGCCCGAGAGAGCUUCACGGUGCCGCUGGGCCUGCGAGGGACGGUCACGGGCAUCAAAGGAGCUGAGCGCGAGGACGAGGUUCUGUACGAGGUUCUGUUCGACGAGGAGUUCUCUGGCGGCCUCAACAUCAGGUGCACGUCGCCUCGUUGUUACCGCCUGCCACCCAGCGCUCUCAUCAACCUGUCCCAUGGCGGCCGCACAGAUCCCAGCUCCCACAAACUCACCGCCAUCGUCAAACCUCAGCCUGCCGCCAGCUUCUACCCUCAGCAGCAUGUGGGCAACCUCAACCACUCGCCACGCUCGCCCUUUGUCGCCACACAGCACAACAAGCAGGCUGCUCCUCAAGCCAGCAGCUCCACUUCUAAGAGCAAAGAGGCGUACACUGAUGUGUGGCAAACUCUGCACAAGUCUGCUUCUCCUCAACACCCUCCUGCCCACUGGCAAAAUCAUACUUCAACGGCUCCCGUCAGACUGUUGAAGAAAAAUGAAGAUGUAAAUUUGCACAUCAGCGACUCCAAGGUCAACUCCUCUAAACCAUCGCUGGAGUUUGAGGAGCUUCUAGCCAGCCUGAAGAUCUCCAAGGAGAGCCAGGAGCCUGCAGACCUUCCUGCACCUGCACCUGAACCUGUUCCUGUUCCUGUUCCUGUUCCUGUUCCGGCACCCGGCAGCCAGUCGGACCAGCCCUUGUCCCCACAGUCCUUUGCCCUGAAGGGCACCAUGGUGCUGAAGGAGAUGUUGAAGAUAGACAGCAGUCAUCAGAAGGAACAACAGGCUCAGAAGAACAACAUGAGAAGAAGAUCUAAAAAACUAGCUGCCAUGAUGAACGUUCCUCAUGGAGAUGCAGCUGCAACCUCUCCUCACCUGCCUCUCACCUGUGCCAACAACACCCUGAUGGCCAGCAAGGUGUCAGAGCUGGGGUGUGUGUGUGGGGCUUUAGACAUGGCACCUCCGGACUACACCUUCAUGCACAACACACAGGGUGUGGUGUUGUGUCAAGUCAAGCUGUCCAACGGUCUGAUCGUUCACGGACCACAGUGCCAGUCGGAGAACGAGGCCAAAGAAAAAGCUGCUUUCUUCGCCUUACAAAGAUUGAGUUCACUGGGCCCGAGCUUCCCUCUCCAAGCUCCAGUUUACCACAGUGGUGUUGAACACCUGCAGGCUCCGCCCAUCAGAGCCAUCUUCAACCAGCCAGGUGGCUUGAUGAUGCCGCCACAGGCCUGUGGCCCCGCCCCUCUGUGGGCGGUACCUCUUCCUGCUCACCUGCACCACCAGAACCAAAACUUCUACAGAGCAGCAGGUGUGUUUCCUGUGCGGCCGCACCACCUUGCACCUGUGGCCUCCCACCACGGCGCACCUGUGGCCUCCCACCACGGCGCACCUGUGGCCUCCCACCAUGUUGCACCUGUGGCCUCCCACCACGGCGCACCUGUGGCCUCCCACCAUGUUGCACCUGUGGCCUCCCACCACGGCACACCUGUGGCCUCGCACAAGCAGUUCAUCCCCUUGCAGGUGACCAAGAAGCGGGUGUCGGCCAAUAAGAGUCGUCAGGAGUUCUACAGCGCCGCCCACUCAGCGGCCCGGAGAGCCCAGGACACGCCCCCUGGCCAAUCACACGCUCCCAAGCCCAGAGAAGACCGCUCCUCUCCUCGGCCAGAGGCCGUUGCCACGACGACGGCGGACCCCCACACUCCCCCCCGGCAAAAUAAACCCUCGACUGGCCACACCCCCAGCUCCGCCUCCAAAAGGAGACACAGGAAACUGGCCGUCACCUUUGAGCCAGGUAAAGUGUCGGAGCAGUGAUGUCGCUUUUAGCUCCUCCUCCUCAUGCAAACAUGCUGACUUGAAAAAUUUACCAAUUUUAGCAACAUGCCAAGUUUAGCAACUUAUGCUACUUUUACAAAAGUAACAUGUUUACUUUAACAUGCUACUUUUAGCAACAUGCUAGCUUUAACAUCAUGCUAACUGUAGCAACAUGUUCACUUCAACAUUUUUACUUUAGCGUCAUGCCGACUUAAACAGCAUGCCAACUUUUGAAACAUGCUAACUCAAUAAACAUGCUAACUUGAAAAAUGUACCAAUUUUAGCAACAUGCCAAGUUUAGCAAGACACCAACUUUUGCUACUUUUACAAAAUGUUCACUUAAGCAACAUGUUUACUUUAACAUGCUACCUUUAGCAACAUGCUAACUUUAACAUCAGGCUAAAUUCAACAUCAUGCUAACUGUAACAACAUGUUCACUUUACCAACAUGCUAAUUUUAACAUGUUUACUUUAGCGUCAUGCCGUCAACUUAAACAACAUGCCAACUUUUGCAACAUGCUAACUCUAGAAAAAUGCUAACCUUAGCAACAUGUUAACUUUAGCAACGUUAACUUGAACACCUUGUUUACUUAACAUCAUGCUAAAUUGGCAUCAUGCUCACUUUUGCAACAUGCUAUCUUCAGCCACAUGCUAACUUUGGUAAAAUGUUUACUUGUUAUAGUAACAUUAAGAACAUGUUGACUCUGACAACAUGCUUGCAUUGUAGCAUCUUGCUUACUUUAGCAUACAUGCCAUCUUUAGCAACAUGCUAACUUCGAUAAAAUGUUUACUUGUUAUCGUCACUGUAGCUUUGAUAAAAUGCUAACUCUAACAUCAUGCUAACUUUGACAACAAAUUAACUCUAGCAACCUGCUAAAAUUAGCAACAUGUUUGCUCUAGCACCAUGCUUACUUUGGUAAAAUGUUAAAUUGUCAUCAUGGUAACUUUAAGAACAUGUUAACUCUGACACCAUGCUACAUUGCAGCAUCAUGCUAACUUUAGCAACGUGUUAACUCGCGCAACAUGCUAACUUUGAUAACAUGUUAACUCGAGCAACAUGCUAACUUUGAUAACAUGUUUGCUUGUUAUCGUCGCCGUAACUUUGACAAAAUGCUAACUCUAACCACAUGCUUACAUUGUAGCAUCAUGCUAACUUUAACAUGCAUGUUAACUCAAGCAACAUGGUUAAUUUUGCAAGACGCUAACUUUAGCAACACGCUAAUUUUGGCAUCAUGUUAAUCUUGGUGACAUGUUUACUUUUUAGCAUCAUGCUAACUUUAGCACCCCAAACUGUAAGAUUUGCAGUGUUUUCUUUGAUCAAAAAUGAGUUGGCAAAAAGAUUUGAUUUAAAAAUGAUGUCAUCUUUUCCUCGCCUUUUGAGGGCAAACUACAAAUAGAAAUAGGAGAGUAGCUCCGCCCCCUCUGAAGACUAAGUUUGGAUGUAAAACAACUUUAAAGACUGACUUGUUUCAAACACUUUUUUAAAUCUGCAUGAUCAUGGACUAUUUUCUUCUUUUCAUUCUCUACUUUUUAACAUUUCUUUGUCUGUGGAAGUCAAUAUUUACUCCUGACUUAGUACAAUCUAUCUUCAAGAUAGUCAAUAUUACUCCUGACUUAGUACAGUCCAUCUUCAAGAUAGUCAAUAUUACUCCUGACUUAGUACAGUCCAUCUUCAAGAUAGUCAAUAUUUACUCCCGACUUAGUACAGUUCAUCUUCAAGAUUGUCCAUAUUGACUCCUGACUUAGUACAGUCCAUCUACAAGAUAGUCAUUAUUACUCCCGACUUAGUACAGUCCAUCUUCAAGAUUGUCCAUAUUGACUCCUGAGUUAGUACAGUCCAUCUACAAGAUAGUCAUUAUUACUCCCGACUUAGUACAGUCCAUCUUCAAGAUUGUCCAUAUUGACUCCCGAGUUAGUACAGUCCAUCUACAAGAUAGUCAUUAUUACUCCCGACUUAGUACAGUCCAUCUUCAAGAUAGUCAAUAUUGACUCAUGACUUAGUACAGUUCAUCUUCAAGAUAGUCAAUAUUGACUCUUGACUUAGUACAGUCCAUCUUCAAGAUAGUCAUUAUUACUCCUGACCUAGUACAGUCCAUCUUCAAGAUAGUCAAUAUUGACUCCUGACUUAGUACAGUUCAUCUUCAAGAUAGUCAAUAUUGACUCCUGACUUAGUACAGUUCAUCUUCAAGAUAGUCAAUAUUGACUCAUGACUUAGUACAGUUCAUCUUCAAGAUAGUCAAUAUUGACUCUUGACUUAGUACAGUCCAUCUUCAAGAUAGUCAUUAUUACUCCUGACUUAAGUAUCUGCAUCACAUGACUAAUCAUUUUAGUUGUCUUGUUGACUUUUUAUUUCUUGUAAUAUUUGUCCUACUAUGUUGUACAAGCUCUGAUAGUCAUGUGAUCGUGUUCAAUAAAAUCGUUCUAUGCUUUGGAAA